GCUCCUCUGCAGAAAUGCACUUUUAUUCAGUCACGGAGAAGAGAACAUGGACACAGGAUGCUACAUCAUGAUCACUGAUACACAACUUGUUUUCUUCUCAUCAAUGGAUUUGUACUGAUUUUAAAAGAAUGGAUAAAAUAAGGGAUAAAAUAUUGGAUAAAGUGGAUAGUUGUGAUCUGUACGGCCGACCCGCCCGCAGGACACAAUGGAUAGCGAGUACCCUGGCGUACCAUUACGGACUGGACCGGGGAGUAGAGAACGAAAUUAUAGUUCUGGCGACCGGACUGGACCAGUAUCUGCAGGAGAUCUUCCACCACAUGGACUGUACAGGAGAUGGGAAGAUCCCCAUGGAGGACUUUAAUAUUCUGUGUGAGAUCUUGGGUUUGAACAAAGACUCUGAGUCGGAGGAGUGUGUGGGGGUCCUGGAUAAUCUGCCCAGUGAGUUUACCUUCAGACAGUUCCACGCUAAACUCUGCGGAUACUUCAGUACCAAGGCUGGGUCCCAGUAUGAGAACGGGAGGUUACUGGUCGGGAAAGACAGCGAGCACAUAGAAACUCAGAUCCGCCUGAGGAUCCCUCUGAGGCGGCGAAAGAAGCUGCUAUCUCUGGGGGCCGGUAGGAGAGAGAGCCGGGGAUCGUCACCGAACUCAGAUAGACAUUUGCCGGGCUGUCGGCAGCAGCGCGCCUCCUGCACCCGGGAGUGUUACGAGGAGAUUGUGGCUCUGGAGGAAGCAGAGGAAAGGAUAACUAAACUACAGGAUGAGAAUGCCAGUCUGAGGGAACUGGUGGAGGAUAUGAGGGCGGCUCUACAGAGCAGUGAUGCCCGCUCCCUGGCACUACAGGUAGGACUGUUGAAGAGCCACUCCAAACACAAAUCAGAGGGCGGCUGCUUCAUCGCUCAUCACAAACUAUCUGUCCGGACGACCCACAGCAGCAACAACUGCCAUGGGAACACCAAGACCCACAACCUCAGUCACAUCAAGACGGCCCACAGCAGCAAUCCCAGCAGCCAGCAUGACCCCAGCCAGUACUCUAGCCUGAGGACCAAUAGCCAGUACUCUAGCCUGAGGAGCCUCCUCCAUGAGAUUGACCCGAUCCACAGCUCUCGGGAUGGGCAGGUGGAGGAGACCAUUCUGUUUAAUAAAAAGCUGGAGCAAGAGCUGAAGUCGUCACGGGAGGCAGUGUCGGCGUUAGAGGGGUGUAACAGGGCACUGCAGGUGGAGCAGGGGGACAUGAGGAGGAAGGUGGAGGAUGCCCGUCAGGCGCUGGUCAGUGGAAUGGGGAAGGUCAAAGAGCUGGAGGCUAAAGCCAGCAGAGUACCGGUCCUACAGAGACACAUCCAGCAGCUGGAGCAGGAGAUCCUCUACUACAGGUCGGAGGUGUCUAACCUACAGCUCUCAGGGUGCACAAGGGCAAAUAAGCAGGUGGGCGGAGCCUGCGGACCAGUCCCGAGGUGUUGCCUAGACAACCAACAGGACCGCCGGUCCCCCACCGGCCGCUCGGAGACCACUCCAGAUAACAGUCAGGAGCAGUUGUUCCGGUCAGUAGAAGGCCAGGCAGCAUCAGACGACGACGAGGAAAAGUGGACAGGUGAACAACAGAGACAGGUGGACGAAGUGAAGAGGAUCCUCACCAGACUGUCCUGCUGCGGAGACAGGUGUGAUGACAAGGCUAUGAAGAAACUGCUGUCCCACUUCAGUGGUUCCAGGAGGAGUGAGGAGAGUAGGAGAGGAGGAGAGGAGGAGGAGGAGAGGAGUGAGGAGAGGAGGAGUGCGGUGGUAGAGCUCUUAGAGAAGGUGACGAGGCUGAAUAAAAAGUUGGAGCAGAAGGAGACCCAGGCACAACAGUUACAGAUGGACAUGGGCCAGAUGAAGGACACUCUGGUCCAGGUGUUACAACAGAAAGCUGAGGAGGCAGAGCUGCUCCAGACAGAACUACAGAUGCUGGAGACAGAACUACAGAUGCUGGAGACAGAAAGAGUGUGUCUGUCCCUAGUGGAGGAGAAGUUGCUGGAUGUUCUUCAGCUCCUCCACCAGCUCAGAGACCUCAACGUGUCCCGAAGCUCCCUGGGGAAGAUCUUACUGAGCACCUUGGAGUCCUGCAGCGACCCACAACAUGGGAAAGCCCACAUUCUGGAGGUGCUGAAUGCUCUGUACCACGAGCUGGCUGCCUGUGAGGUCCUGAGAACACAGUCCCUCAGCAACCCUCUGGAGAGAACACAGUCCCUCAACAACCCUCUGGAGAGAACACAGUCCCUAAACAACCCUCUGGAGAGAACACAGUCCCUCAGCAACCCUCUGGAGAGAACACAGUCCCUCAACAACCCUCUGGAGAGAACACAAUCCCUCAACAACCCUCUGGAGAGAACACAGUCCCUCAGCAACCCUCUGGAGAGAACACAGUCCCUCAGCAACCCUCUGGAGAGAACACAGUCCCUCAGCAACCCUCUGGAGAGAACACAGUCCCUAAACAACCCUCUGGAGAGAACACAGUCCCUCAGCAACCCUCUGGAGAGAACACAGUCCCUCAACAACCCUCUGGAGAGAACACAGUCCCUCAACAACCCUCUGGAGAGAACACAGUCCCUCAGCAACCCUCUGGAGAGAACACAGUCCCUCAACAACCCUCUGGAGAGAACACAGUCCCUAAACAACCCUCUGGAGAGAACACAGUCCCUCAACAACCCUCUGGAGAGAACACAGUCAUUUAACAACCAUCAGGAGAGAACACAGUCCCUCAACAACCCUCUUUAGAGAACACAGUUCCUCAACAACCCUAGUAGUUACUGAACAACCCUAGUAGUUACUGAAGUUCCCCUGAGUGGUGAGGUGAGGAGGCUUGGACCCUGGCAUGGGAAACAUUUAAAUGGUAUACUCCUUGCGUCCUCUCUCCUCGUCUCCUUCUCAAAACCCAUUGAUUGACAAACCCAGAGGUCCCUCCCCUCUGACCUUUUCCUCAAAUAGGUUUUGAGAAGGAGACGAGAGAGGACGCACGGAGUAUCCAAUUGAGAUGUUCCCCAUGCCAGGGUCCAAGCCUCCUCACGUCAGCGCCCAGGGGAACUUCAGUAACUACAGUUGGUUCCUGGUCAGACCAUAAUGUACAGUAUUAUCUACACUAUGUGACCAAAAGGAUGUAGACAUCUGCUCAUCAAACAUCUCAUUCCAAAAUCAUGGACAUUAAUAUGGAGUUGGUCCCUCCUUUGCUGCUAUAACAGCCUCCACUCUUCUUCCACUAGAUGUUGGAACAUUGCUGCAGGGACUUGCUUCCAUUCAGCCAUGAGAGCAUUAGUGAGGUCGGACACUGAUGUUGGGCGAUUAGGCCUGGCUCGCAGUCGGCGUUCUAAUUCAUCCCAAAGGUGUUCGAUGGGGUUGAGAUCAGGGCUCUGUGUAGGCUAGUCAAGUUCUUCCACACCGUCAUCGACAAAUCAUUUCUGUAUGGACCUCGCUUUGUGCACGGGUGUAUUGUCAUGCUGAAACAGGAAAAGGCCUUCCCCAAACUGUUGCCACAAACUUAGAAGCACAGCAUCAUUUAAAAUGUAAUUAUAUGCUGUAGCAUUAAGCUUUCCCUUCUCUAGAACUAAGAGACCCGAAACAUGAAAAACAGCCCCAGACCAUUAUACCUCAUCCACCAAACUUUACAGUUGGAAGUAUGCAUUGGGGCAGAUAGUGUUCUCCUGGCAUCCGCCAAACCCAGAUUCAUCUGCCAGGUGGUGAAGCGUGAUUCAUCACUCCAGAGAACGCGUUUCCACUGCUCCAGAGUCCAUUGGCGGCAAGCUUCACAACACUCCAGCCGACGCUUGGCAUUGCGCAUGGUGAUCUUAGGCUUGUGUGCGGCUGCUCGGCCAUGGAAACACAUUUCAUGAAGCUCCCGACUAAUAGUUAUUGUGCUGACGUUGCUUCCAGAGACAAUUUGGAAUUCGGUAGUGAGUGUUGCAACUGAGGACAGACAAUUUUUAUGCCCUUCAGCACUUUGCAGUCCCGUUCUGUGAGUUCGUGUGGCCUAUCACUUCCGUUAUUGCCGUUAUUGCUCCUAGACGUUUCCACUUCACAAUAACAGCACUUACAGUUGACCGGGACAGCUCUAGCAGGACAGUAAUUUGACGAACUGACUUGUUGGAAAGGUGGCAUCCUAUGACGGUGCCACGUUCAAAGUCACUGAGCUCUUCAGUAAGGCCAUUCUACUGCCAAUGUUUGUCUAUGGAGAUUGCAUGGCUGUGUGCUGGAUUUUAUACACCUGUCAGCAACAAGUGUGGCUGAAAUAGCCAAAUCCACUAAUUUGAAGGGGUGUCUACAUACUUUUGUAUAUAUAGUGUAUAUCCAUAUAUAUCUGUCAUGUUCCUUACUACGCCUCUGUUAAGAGAAGUUAUAUAACUGUUGAUUUAUUUUCUCUAACUACAGUAUUCUCAUUAGAACCUUCAGGCCCACUUCAAUCAGAUCCGCUUUAGCUGAUGUUUUGACGGUGUUGAAGGUGGAACUGCAUUAGAGCUGUCAAAUCCACAACGGCUCCCGGCAUUAUACCUAAAGCAGACAUUGUCAUUUGCUGCACAGAGUCAAUUGAGAUAUAUCUCAUGCAGUCUUGUUUACAAUUUCCAACACUGUAAUGUGAGAUGUAAUCUACACCUCCAUUAGGAUGUUAGAAAUCCCCAUUAUUUAGUUUCAUGAUUUUCAAUUUGAGCGUCAUUAUUUCUAUAUAGCCUACAUGUUCUCCUUCUGAACUUCUAACGCAAGUGGCACGGGUGUGGCUUCGUGACAAUGGGAGGAUUUGGUAAUGCUGAGCCGUGGGGCACCGGUCUAUGGCCCGUGACGUCAACGGGCAAAAGAAAUGAGGGAGGAGAGCCCUUCUCAAAUGGAACAGUAAUCUGCACCACUCAGUCAACAAGGCAGCAUGGUGCAUCAUCCAGAAACAUACAUCUAUUUAACAUAAAAUAUAAAUGUAGGAUUCUGGGUCCCAGAAUGAAUGCAAUCAACUUUCAAUCGAUGCAAAACAGGCGCCCGGGCCAGAUGAAUCACAUCCCCACAUUGAUCACAAGAGCAGCUGCUCAGCGAUUUGACAGCUCCAAUGCAGUUCCACCUCCAACACCACCAAAACAUCAGCUAUGCGGGUGUCGGCUAUCAAAUCAAAUCAAAUUGUAUUUGUUACAUGCACCGAAUACAACGUAAACCUUACCAUGAAAUGCUUACUUACAAGCCCGUAACCAACAAUGCAGUAUUUUUUAAGUAAGAAAAUAUUUACAUCAAAAAAUAAAAUUAAGUAUUUAAAAAAGUAACACAAUAAAAUAACCAUAACGAGGCUAUAUACAGGAGGUAUAGAUACAGAGUCAAUGUGCGGGGGUACAGGUUAGUUGAGGUAGUUGAGGUAAUAUGUACAUGUAGAUAGGGGUAAAUUGUCUAUGCAUAGAUAAUAAACAACGAGUAGCAGCAGCUUAAAAAAGGGGGUGAAUGCAAAGACUCCGGGUAGCCAUUUCAGUAACUGUUCAGCAGUCUAAUGGCUUGGGGGUAGAAGUUGUUAAAGAGCCAUUUUGGACCUAGACUUGGCGCUCCGGUACCGCUUGCCGUGGGUAGCAGAGAGAACAGUCUAGGACUUGGGUGGCUGGAGUCUUUGACAAUUUUUAGGCUUUCCUCUGACACCGCCUAGUAUAGAGGUCCUGGACGGCAGGAAGCUUGGCCCAGUUUAUAUUUGUAUUUAUUAUGGAUACCCAUUAGUUCCUGCCAUGGCAGUAGCUACUCUUCCUGGGGUCCAGCAAAAUUAAGGCAGUUAUACAUUCACAACAGAUUUCACAACACAUUAAGUGUGUGCCCUCAGGCCCCUACUCUACUACCACAUAACUACAAUACAAAAUCCAUGUGUACGUGUGUGUAUAGUGCAUAUGUUAUCGUGUGUGUGUGUGUAUGCAUGUGUCUUUGCCUAUGUUUGUGUUGCUUCACAGUCCCUGCUGUUCCAUAAGGUGUAUUUGUAUCUGUUUUUUAAAUCGAAUUUUACUGCUUGCGUGAGUUAUUUGAUGUGGAAUAGCGUUCCAUGUAGUCAUGGCUCUAUGUAGUACUGUACGUCUCCCAUAGUCUGUUCUGGACUUGGGGACUGUGAAGAGACCUCUUGUGGCAUGUCGGUUAGUAUUUGAUCUGAUUGAGUCUUGGCCUUCAGAUACGGUGACUAUACAGAACCUGCUAGUUGAAGUGGUGUUAUCUACAGUACUGACAGUAAGGACGUCGUAGUACUUUGUUCACCAUAUCUUUCACUUGCUAUAUGAUGUAUUUGUUUUGUUGUUAAUGUCAUAAAAUACCUGUCAAAAACACUUCCAAUAAAGCUCCACAGUACUGCUGUCUGUACUAUUAUGCAAACCA